GGUUGCUAGUUGACAGAUGAAAUGUAAACAAAUAGAACUGUUCCGAAUUGUACAUACAACACCGGUAAAACCUGCAGAAUGAGCGUAACAUUACACACCGAUGUCGGUGACAUAAAGAUUGAGUUGUUUUGUGACGACUGUCCAAAGACAUGUGAAAACUUCCUAGCUCUGUGUGCGAGUGAUUACUACAACGGGAAUCUGUUUCACCGAAAUAUCAAAGGGUUUAUUGUUCAAACAGGCGAUCCUACUGGCACAGGGAAGGGAGGCCAGUCAAUAUGGAAACGAAAGUACGAAGACGAAUUUAAAGAAAAUCUAAAGCAUAACGAACGCGGCAUGGUAUCGAUGGCGAACAGUGGACCUAACACAAAUGGAAGUCAAUUUUUCUUUACGUAUGCCGCACAACCUGCUUUGGAUCUUAAGUAUACGAUGUUUGGCAAGGUCAUUGACGGAUUCGAGGCUUUAGAUGAGCUAGAAAAACUUACCGUGAAUCCCAAAACCUACCGACCUUUGGUAGAAAAGAAAAUCAACAGUGUUACAAUACAUGCGAAUCCGUUGGCUGGAUAAAUGUAUAGGGCGUGUAGUUCCAUCGAUGGUUAACAUUAUUUAAUAUUCCAAUGCUUUGUUUUUAUAAUAAAUGUGUAAUAAACCGGAUC